UUUGGUUCACAACAAGCCUGGUAAGGGUGGAUUUGGGCAACUUGCUAGACGUAGUCGAAUUCGAGACACGUUCUGUGUAUAUUAGACACUGUUUGUUUUUUAAACACACGCACAUGUCUACGUGUUAACCUGUUUUAUUUCACAUAGUUAGCUAGCUAUUUUAGCUAAUGCUAAACAGCCAAUGCUAUCGAGCGAGCUAACAUCGCCGACCAUGAGCUCAGUAAUUUACUCCCCCACCUUCUAAAGAGGAGGUCUGCUGGACGGAGAAAGAAGCUCCCGUGAAAGAGGAGAAGGAAGAGGAAGCUGUUACGUUGUUUUGUCGGGUAGGUGGCUUGCUAAGUUAGCAUUAGCAACUAACCUAAGGUUAAUUCUAUCUACCUAGUUAACGUCCCCGACCAUGAGCUCACUAAACUACUCCCCCACUUCUAAAGAAGAGGAUGUCUGCUGGACGGAGAAAGAAGCUCUGGGGCUGAACAUUAUCGUAAAAGAAGAAGAAGAAGAGGAGGAUAUUAGAGUGAAAGGAGAGGAAGGUGAAGAAGAGGAGGAUAUUAGAGUGAAAGGAGAGGAAGGUAAAGAAGAGGAGGAUAUUAGAGUGAAAGGAGAGGAAGGUGAAGAAGAGGAGGAUAUUAGAGUGAAAGGAGAGGAAGAAGAGGAUGCAGUGUUCAGGGAGGAGGAGGAAGUCACAGUGAAAGAAGAAGAGGAGGAAGAAGAUUUCAAAAUAAUAAAGGAGGAAGAGGAGGAGGCUAUUACAUUGAAAGAAGAGGAUGUUCUAGUGAAAGGAGAGGAAGAACCUUUUAUAGUGGAAGAGGAGACUGAAGAUCUGAUUGACACCAGAGAGAGACCAGAUUCUCAUUCUGACAGCGGGAAGAGUUCUUCAGUGGCACCAGACUCAGAGACUCCCAAACCAGCAAGAAAACAUCACUGCUCCCACUGUGGAAAGAGUUUUUGGUGGUUAGGGCACCUUAGACACCAUAAGAGAACGCACACAGGGGAGAAGCCCUACCCAUGCUCCCAGUGUGGAAAGAGAUUUACCAUGUUAGGGAACCUGAAACAGCAUGAGAGGACACACACUGCAGAAAGGCCUUUUAAAUGUUCCAAGUGUGGAAAGAGUUUUACCUGGUUACGGUACCUCAAUAAGCAUGAAGAAAUACAUACAGCAGUGAGGAAGACCUGCCAAUGCUCUCAGUGUGGAAAGAGAUUUACUACGUUAGGGUACCUGAAAACACACAAGAGAAUACACUCCGGAGAGAAGCCGUACCAAUGCUCCCAAUGUGGAAUGACUUAUAACCAGUUAGGGAACCUGAAAUCACAUGAGAGAAUACACACUGGAGAAAAGCCCUUCCAGUGCUCCCAGUGUGGAAAGAGAUUUACUGGUUCAAAGAACCUGAAAUGGCAUGUGAGAAUACAUCGAGAUAAACAUGCAAAUACACAGGAGGGGAAGGAGGAGGAGGAGGAGGAGGAGAAGACAUACCACUGCUCUCAUUGCGGAAAGACAUUUUCCCGGGCAGAGGACCUGAAAUCACAUGAGAGAAUAGAGAGGCUGUGUUCCGACUUGUGUUUUUGACUUAGAAUGUGUUUCUUCUUCAAGCCACAUGAAAUCAUAUUGUACACUGAGUACACCAAACAUUAGUAUCACCUUCCCAAUAGAGAGUUCCACCCUCCCCCCAUUUAGCCCUCAGAACAGCCUCUGUUCACCGGGGCAUGGGACUACACGAUGUUGAAAGCCUUCUAUGAUGCUGGCCUAUGUUGACUCCAAUGCUUCCCAUAGUUGUGUCAAGUUGGCUGGAUGUCCUUUGGGUUGUGAACCGUUCUUGAUACACAUGGGAUACUGUUGAGCUUGAAAAACCCAGCCUGGCACCUACGACUAUAGGCAAUUACAUCUUUUGUCUUGCCCAUUCACCCUCUGAAUGGAGCGUACACACAAUCCAGGUUUAAAAUGUUGUCGUUAACCUGUCUCCUCCAUAUCAUCUCAACUAAUUGAAGUGGAUUUAACACGCUUUUAUUUUUUUAAUUUCACCUUUAUUUAACCAGGUAACAG